AUGAAGGGAGAAGUUGCGCGGUUUUUUUCCUCACCGCCCCCAGGCGUACGUAUAGCUCGUGGCCCUCCCCGUGUCUUCUUUUUUGCUUCUUUGUUUUCAUUUCUUCUUUUAUUUCUUUUCCUUUUUCCUGCUGCUGCUGCUGCAGCUCGCUGCUCCCCCAAACACUCCUCGCUGGGGCCCCCCCUUGCAUGCAUUUCAAAUCCCCUGGCUUCCCUAAGGGGCUUCUGGCGGGCCUUUAGGAAUCGGCCAGCAGCAGCAGCAGCAGCAGCGGCUGCUGCUGCUGCUGCUGCCAAUGAGACAGCUACGCCCAGGCCAGAUGUAGCAGCUGCAGCAGCAGCAGCAGCAGCAAACGAAGCAGCAGUAACGCCCCCUGCACUUAAAUGGGGCGAAGCUGGAGCAUUUGAAGUUAUCAAAGGCGAGCAGCGCAGCGCAACAGCAGCAGCAGCAGAAGGUGGAGCUGCUGCUGCUGCUGCUGCAGCGUCGAAUGCAGCAGCAAUACUCCCCGCAAGUCGGGAAGCUAAGCCAGCAGCAGCAGAGAGUGCAGCGUCAUGUACAGAUUCAGCAGAGGAGAGCUCAGCAGCAACAGCCGCUGCUGCUGCUGCUGCUGCAGCAGCAGCAGCGGAAGUGCGGGAAGCUGCACUGUGGUUUGAGGAGCAGCGGGACUUGUGGAAGCAAAAAGCAGCAGCAAAAAUUAAGCAGCAGCUCAAAGCCGUAGAGGCCAUAGAAGAAGCAGCACGGGAAGAGAAGAGAAAACAAGAGGCACUCAAAAGGCCGCGUCGCCUGGUCUUCGGCGCAGCUUCGCUGCAGCAGCGGGGAUGGCUGGCAGCAAGAAGCAGCAGCAACGGCAGCAGCAAAAAGGGGCCGCUUUUGCCUUGCAUGCUUUUUGCCGCCACGCCUCCAGGCCGCCUCGCCGUGGCCCCUGCAAGCUGCCUCCCCAGCAGCAGCAGCAGCAGCAGCAGCAGCAGCAGGGACUUGCCGUGGGUCUCCUUCGCCGCCCUUGCACGGCUAAAUCGUGCAGAGCAGCUGCGGGCCAAAGGGCUCUGGUUUGGCCAGCAGCAGCCCCCGGACUUUUCGGUCUUUUACGAAUUUGCUCCUCCUCAUGUGCUGCUGCUGCGCGCGCUGCUGGACCACAAGCGCGCGCUGCCGCUGCAGCAGCAGCAGGAGGAGCAGCAACUGCUGCUUGCAGAAGACGCUUGGAAGAACUGGAGGCCAAUCUUCUCGAGGCUUCCAUCCCCGAAAAUGUGCACUUUGAAGAGCCAGACGGGGAGCCCGUAG